AUGGGAUCCUUUAGCAACUCCGCGGAGGCGCCCCCGCUCGCCAUCGCGGCGGGCGGCACCAACGGAUCCCCCAGCCACGCGCACACCUCCGCCGUCACGCGGUCGUGGUCGGAUGUCAACCAGGUGAAGCUGCUCUCCACCUUCGCCGCGACCUCCUUCGUGUACAGCCUCUUAGGGCACCCGCUGUUUCUCGUAAUCGCGCGGCAGCAGUGCGAGAAGUUCCACAUCUCCGCGUACGAGGUGGUCUUGGAUGUGCUGCGGGGCUACGGGCUGCGGGGGCUGUAUCACGGCGCGGGCGCCGCGAUCACCGGCACCGUCCUCAGCGAGCUCCUCUACUACACCUGCCUGGAGUACUGGAAGGAGAAGCUCCCGCACGAGGAUCGGGAGUGGCGAAGCUUCGGCGCCGGCCUCCUCGCGGACGCCUUGUCGACGCCGUUUUUCAACCCUUUUGGGGUCGUUUCGCAGGUGCAGAUGGUCGCAGGGGGGAGUUUUGCGAGCGAGCAUAACUACAUGUCCGCCUGGCGGACGAUGCUCACCCUCACGCGGGAGCAGGGGGUGCGGCGUUUGUUUCGCGGCACCUUCCUCACGCUGGUGGUGGCGCCCUUAUCCGGGGCGUGGUGGUUUGCCUACGAGUUUUUAAAGGCCUACGCGUACGGCGUCGGCCCCGCCGUGGGGGCGUUUCUCUCGCGAAACCUUCCCCUCCCGUUGAUCGCGCGUCUGCCCGCAUACUGCACCUCCACUACGGAUAAUUUGCUCAUCAACUGCCUCGUCGCGACCUCGACGAGCGUGGGGAUGGGAAUCCUGAUGAACCCGAUCUACGUCCUACGCCUGCGUCUGCAGGUGAACAAAACGGUGCGGAAUGUGCGGUGCCCGAUCUUUUACAUCUUGAAGGACAUCCUUCAUCAUGAGGGGGUGGGGGCGCUGUGGAAGGGGCUCGGGGUGAAUCUGUUCGCAGCGGCGAUGGGAGGCUGCGUGUUUGGGAUCACUUAUGAAAGCGCGAAGAGGUUUUCCGAUAAUACCGACACCGCCCACACUCCCGGUUGA